AUGGCGGCACCUGGGUUAACACAUGCCUUUGACCUGACCAUCAAUGGACCUCCUGGGUUCGCUUCUGAAGGCAGCUCAUUCUCAAAUUUGAGCGCAGCUUAUGGUCAGUUUCCAAGGCAUGAGACUCGCCGUUUGAAACCUGCUGCUGACGCACUCCGCCUAGUGUACGAGGGAUCUUUGAAAUCCGCGGAUGGAACCAUCGAGAUUCCUUUGUUAGGUGGAACAGACUGGAUGAGACUGCACGAGACUUAUGCAGACAUUGAUGCUCGGGUUUCAUGCGCAACGAAGCCAGGCGCUGCUGGGCCACAGCUGAACUGCGAUGUGAGCUAUCGCGGUAAAAUCGCAUUCCAUGGACCCAUGAAGGCAUUGUGGGCGGGAGAAAAGAGCUCUCUGGAUUGGCAUGAAGGUUAUUAUUACACGUCACCCGUGCUCGAAAGUAGGAGCGAGCAGCUUGCAUGGGUCAACGAGACAGUCUUUCUUGGUAUGGGGAAGAUCACUCUCACUGAGGCUGGCAAUCUACAAGUUGUGUAUCGGAUAUUCAAGGUCCACGCAAAUUAG